AUGAAAAUCUUCGGUUUUGGUAACAUUACAGUUUCUUUUCGAACAAAACCUUUUUUUUUGCAGAGUUAAUAAGCCACGCUUUCCAUUCGUUUUCGAUUCUGUUGCUCAGUGUGCUCUUGGUAUUAUGUGUCAGUUUUUCGUCGAAUUUCGGUAGUCCCUUCCAAAAAAAUCGCAAAUCUUUUGCAGGGAAAGAAAAAGAUCGAUGGACAGGUGGCGCCGGGGACGCCGACCGGCAAGACGGCGGUGGGCACGCAGAAGACGUUGAAAGAUUUAAAUGAGCCGCAGAAAUCGCAGACGAAUCUGGCGAAGAGCUCUACCGGAACGUCGAAGACCGACAAGAAGGGCGACGAUGACGAUGAAGGUAACUUUUUUUUGGAUUUUUUCUGAAUUUUGUGAAAGUUGUUUUGAAUUUAUAAGAAUUUUCGCUUUUCUUGUUGCUAUCCUCUCCUCGUUACAAAAUGGUGAAUUUUUCCAUAAAAACCCCUCUCGAUUUUACAUUGCGCUCACGAAUUUUUCUCAUAAAGCAAUACUUGUAGACGACGUGCAAUUCAACCUGAAACCGAACAAGCUGGAGGAGAAAAAGGACGAGUUCGACGACGACGAGGAGAAUCCGUUGGCGAAGAUUCCGUGCAAACCGCGCAACAAAAAGAAUCACGUGCCGCACGCGCCCGGAAAGGUAUGCAAACGCGUUCCGCCGAACCGGAAUUAUCGAUUGAUUUGCAGCCGUGCCCGGGCGGGCCGAACGUCGUCGGAAAAACGGGCGCCGCGCAGCAGCAGGCGAACGCGAAGACGAUCAUGAAGACGGAGGAGGAACAGAAUGUGGAGCGCCCGUUGCUCGGACCCAAUGAGAAACAGAUCGGGGUUUCAUGCUAUGUGAGCCUGCCAUUUUCACCUAUUUUGUGAGAAAUUUGGUGUUUUUCAGCAAUUCGAACCUUCCGGACAGCCUGCUGCAGCGGUUAGUUGAAAAAAUUGCAAAACGUCUCAAAAAAUCUUUUUUUUCAGAAGAAAAACCCUCGGAACGUGAAGCCUGAACAGGUACUCACCAUAUUCGACUCGUAAAAAUAUCAAUCGAUAAUCAAUCUUUAGCCCCGACCACCUCCAGCAGCGGCAGCACCUUCAGUAGCACCACGCACGGUCGCUCCGGUGACGCUCCUUCCGUCAGCCGAAACGCAGAAUAACAGAAGCACGCUCAGCAUGAAUCUGCGGAAAACUUGCACCAAAACUCAGGAAGUGUACGGUUUUCGCGGCGAGACCCACUGAAAAUAGGGAGAAUUUGCAGAGAGCCGGAAACUGCGAGCACUCUGAACAAGGAGCAACUGGAGAAGACGCAGAAUUGA